AUGAGUUCGCCAUUGAGGACGUUACCAAGAUUGAUUGAAAGUUAUCCAAGAGCGGUUUUCAUUGCAAAUAGGAGAGUACUUUCACUCGGCAUUAACAGAACAUAUUCAAGUAAUACAGUUGAAGAGAGAUAUAAAGCAAAACUUCUAGAAAAAGCUAAACAAAAAGGUUUCCAAUCUAUUGAAGACUUAAAGGCCAAACUCAAAGCUGACAUACAAUCCAAAAAGGCUGAAUUUAAUAAGAUUGAUCCUUUGAAAGAGUUGCACGAUUACGAACAGCGCUCAAAAAUGAUGAAGAACAAUGCCAAGGUCAAUAGUCGGGGCCCAAUUGAUCCCAGCAAACCACAGCAGCCUUAUAAGACACUAAACUCAUUUAUGGAUGUUGACAAAAUCAGAAGUCUCUCUAAACAAGAAGUAGAAUUCCUCUGGAGGGCCAGGUGGAUGAACAAGGAAAACACCCUAAAUGCGGUUGUUCCUGUUGAUGUGUUUGAAAGAAUGAGCACCUAUGCGAAAGCUAAUCCAGCCUUUGUUCUACCUUUACCUACAGAAGUUAAGGCUAGCGAAGAAGAUAAAACUGAAGAUCAAGGAAUGGAGAUGCACUACAUUCAAUGGCUAUUUGUGGGGCCUAACACCGUUCAUUGUAUUAUGACCUCCUUGGCAGAAUUUAAAUUGCAUAAGGAAUUCUCUAGGCCACAUACAACCCUUCAAUUCCAUACAGAACUAGCCAAAGAAAAGAAGGUUGUAUUUAUGAAUGGUCAAGUUGAAAAAGACUCUAAUGUUUCCCUUCCGGACGCUCAAUUACUCCUAUUGAAUGUUCAAAGGUUCUACGGUGCAAUGGGAGAUUCCUCAGCUGCUUCCAAGAUGCGCCUCAAGCUUCUAAGUGACUUUACGAAUGGUUCACCUGACUUCAAUGUUGACUCAUUAAUUUCACUAGCUCAGUCAAUGGAAAACUGA